AUGCCAGGGCCUUCGCCAGGGCUGCGCCGGGCGCUACUCGGCCUCUGGGUUGCCUUGGGCCUGGGGAUCCUCGGCCUGUCAGCGGUCGCGCAGGAGCCCUUCUGGGCGGACCUGCAGCCCCGCGUGGCGCUCGUGGAGCGCGGGGGCUCGCUCUGGCUGAAUUGCAGCACCAACUGCCCACGGCCGGAGCGCGGCGGCCUGGAGACCUCGCUGCGCCGGAACGGGACCCAGCGGGGGCUGCGCUGGCUGGCGCGGCAGCUGGUGGACAUCCGCGAGCCCGAAACCCAGCCCGUCUGCUUCUUCCGCUGCGCGCGGCGCACGCUCCAGGCUCGUGGGCUCAUCCGUACUUUCCAGCGCCCGGAUCGCGUGGAGCUGAUGCCGCUGCCUCCCUGGCAACCUGUGGGCGAGAACUUCACCUUGAGCUGUAGGGUCCCCGGCGCGGGACCUCGCGGGAGCCUCACCCUGACCCUACUUCGGGGUGCCCAGGAACUAAUCCGUCGCAGUUUCGCGGGCGAACCGCCCCGAGCGCGGGGUGCCAUACUCACGGCCACGGUUCUGGCGCGGCGGGAGGACCAUGGAGCUAAUUUCUCAUGCCGCGCGGAGCUGGACCUGCGGCCGCACGGCCUGGGACUGUUUGAAAAUAGCUCAGCUCCUAGGCUGCUCCGGACCUACGCCCUGUCCGCGGAACCCCCGCGUCUCGUCGCCCCUGCAAUUCUGGAAGUGGGCUCUGAGAGGCUCGUGAGCUGCACCCUGGACGGGCUGUUCCCGGCCUCGGAGGCUGGCGUCCACCUCGCGCUGGGGGACAGGAGGCUGAAUCCCGAGGUCACCCUGGAGGCGGAUGCUCUCGUGGCCACCGCCAUGGCCGUGGCUAGCGUGGAGGAGGAAGGCACCAGGCAGCUGGUGUGCAGUGUGACCCUGGGGGGCGAACGGCGGGAGACCCGGGAGAACCUGACCGUUUAUAGCUUGCCAGCGCCCCUCCUCACCCUGAGUGAAGCCAGCGCCCCCGAGGGCGAGUUGGUGACGGUCACUUGUACACCUGGGGCUGGAGCGCUGGCCACCCUGGAUGGGGUUCCAGCGGCAGAGCCGGGGCAGCCCGUCCAGCUACGGUUUAAUGCUACUGAAAAUGACGAUGGACGCAGCUUCUUUUGCGACGCCACCCUCGACGUGGGCGGGGAGACCCUAAGCAAGAACGCAAGCACGGAACUCCGCGUCUUAUACGCCCCCCGGCUGGAGGACACGGACUGUCCCAGGAGCUGGACGUGGCCAGAGGGGCCUGAGCAGACGCUGCGCUGCGAGGCGCGCGGAAACCCGGCGCCGUCGGUGCACUGCGCGCGGCCCGACGGAGGGGCGGUGCUGGCGCUGGGGCUGCUGGGCCCGGUCACCCGCGCGCUCGCUGGCACUUACCGCUGCACGGCGGCCAACGUCCAGGGCGAGGCGGUCAGGGACGUGACGCUGACCGUGGAGUACGCGCCGGCGCUGGACAGCGUGGGCUGCCCGGAGCGCGUGACCUGGCUGGAAGGUACCGAGGCCUCGCUGAGCUGCGUGGCGCACGGGGUCCCGCCGCCCAGCGUGAGCUGCGUGCGCGCCGGGGAGCCCGAGGUCAUCGAAGGGCUGCUCCUGGUGGCCCGGAAGCACGCGGGCAGCUACCGCUGCGAGGCCGUGAACGCUCGGGGCUCCGCAGCCAAGAACGUGGCGGUCACGGUGGAGUACGGCCCCAGCUUCGAGGAGCAUGCUUGCCCCAGCAACUGGACGUGGGUGGAAGGGUCGGAGCAGCUGUUUGCCUGCGAGGUGGAAGGGAAGCCGCAGCCACGCGUGCAGUGUGUGGGCUCUGAAGGCGCCAGCGAGGGGGUGCUACUGCCUCUGGCGCCCCCCGACUCGAAUCUCCGAGGCCUCAGCACCUCCAAGGACCUGGCACCCGGCGUGUAUAUCUGUAAUGCCACCAACCGGCACGGCUCUGCCGUCAAAACCGUGGUCGUGAGCUCGGAGUCGCCGCCACACAUGGAUGAAUCCACGUGUCCCAGCGACCAGACGUGGCUGGAAGGCGCCGAGGCCGCAGCCCUGGCCUGUGCUGCCCGGGGUCGCCCUUCUCCACGCGUGCGCUGCUCGCGGGAGGGCACGCCACGACCCCCUCGGGCGCGCGUGUCGCGGGAGGACGCGGGCACCUACCUCUGUGUGGCCACCAACACGCACGGCACGGACUCCCGCACUGUCACGGUGGGCGUGGAAUACCAGCCGGUGGUGGCUGAGCUCGCAGCCUCCCCUGCUGGAGGCGUGCGCCCUGGAGGGAACUUCACCUUGACCUGCCGCGCAGAGGCGUGGCCGCCGGCCCAGAUCAGCUGGCGCGCCCCGCCAGGGGCCCUCAACAUCGGCCUCUCCAGCAACAACAGCACGCUCAGCGUGGCAGGCGCCAUGGGCAGCCACGGCGGCGAGUACGAGUGCGAGGCCACCAACGCGCAUGGCCGCCACGCGCGGCGCAUCACGGUGCGCGUGGCAGGUCCCUGGCUGUGGAUCGCCGUGGGGGGCGCGGCGGGGGGCGCGGCGCUGCUGGCCGCGGGGGCCGGCCUGGCUUUCUACGUGCAGUCCACGGCGUGCAAGAAGGGCGAGUACAACGUGCAGGAGGCGGAGAGCUCGGGCGAGGCCGUGUGCCUGAACGGCGCGGGCGGCGCUGGGGGCGGCGAGGGCGGCCCCGAGGCCGGGGAAGCCGCCGAGUCGCCCGCGGGGGGCGAGGUCUUUGCCAUCCAGCUCACGUCUGCCUGA